AUGCAAAAUCUAAAAUCAAUAACACCUAGAUAAGAAAUGAAGCCAGUCAAAGUCAAUAUUACAACGUAAUUCACAUAAAAAUAAACUCUAUAGUGAGCAAUUCCAAGUUUUAACAAAAAUGUAUAAUUUGGGUAAAUUGUAAACAAAAAAUGCAGAGCGUGAACUCAUUUAAUAACAUUUACAAUAAUAGUAAUUAAUAUAAAUUGGUACUCAAAGAAAUAAUACACCAUAAUCUUGUAAAAGUGCUUAAGAAGUAUUAUUACAUGCUUUAUAUUUUUAAGAUGAAAUAUUUCCUAUAUUAAAAAAAUAAUGGAAAAGAAUAAUAAAUCAAAAUUUAAAACAAUUCAUAAGUAUCACCAAAACCAAAAAAUAGUUUACAUCGUAAUUUUUCUUAAUUAGAGAAGUCUGGAACACCAAUUCUACCUUAAAAAAUUUAACCAUAAGUAACUUAAUAAUAAAAAGUUAAAAAAUAUAAUCCUUUAUCUAUUGAUUAAAGAUUUACAUCAAAUUAAUAAUUUGUUUAAUAAAUAACAUCUCAAAUAAAUAAAAAAGAAGAUCCACCAAAAAAAGAAAAUUUAAAAGUUAGUUUAGAUGAUUUUGUUACUUAAAUUAAUAAACCAGCAAAAAGUUUGAUUUCUCCAUUGAAAUAAACAAAAUCUUUAUCUCCUUCAAGUAGAAUUCAAUCAUCAAAAUAGAAAAGUAAUAUUUAUAUAUAUAAUAAAAUUAGAAUUUAUAUACUAUGUAACAUCUCUUAUAGAAACAUUUAAACAUUAAUAUCCAUAAACACUUGAUUAAUAAUUAUUUAAAGAUCAUGCUGUUUAGACUUUUAAUUGUAUUGGUUUUUGUUUGAAUUUGUAAGAUCCAGAUCCUUAAGUCUUAAGAUAAAAAUCAUUAGAUCUACCUAUAAAAUAAAAUUGCAAGUGUAAGUUAAUAAUGAUAUUCAAAUAGUUAAGAAGACAGUAGUAUUUGAUUUAGAUGAGACCUUAAUUCAUUGUAAUGAAAAUUAAUCUCUUAAAGCUGAUAUUUAUUUACCUAUAAAAUUCCCUUCUGGUGAUAUAGUUUCUGCAGGAAUAAAUGUUCGUCCUUAUGCUAAAUGGAUAUUAACAGAACUUAGUAAAAUAUGUGAAGUGAUUGUAUUUACUGCCUCUCAUUAAUGUUAUGCAAGUUAAGUGAUUUCUCAUUUAGAUCCAAAUAAUUAAUUACUUUCAGCAUAAGUAUUUAGGGAUGGAUGUGUAUUAUCAUCUGAAGGAGUACAUAUAAAGGAUUUAAGAAUAUUUAAAAGAGAUUUAAAAGAUAUAGUUUUAAUAGAUAAUGCAGCUUAUUCUUUUGGNGAAAGUGAUGAAGACAUUGAUUAAUUAUUAUUGAUUAUAAUUUUUUUAAACAAUUAAUAAAGAUAUAUCUAAUUUCAUUAGAAAUAAAAUUAAUUAUUAAGAAACACAUGCAAAAUCUAAAAUCAAUAACACCUAGAUAAGAAAUGAAGCCAGUCAAAGUCAAUAUUACAACGUAAUUCACAUAAAAAUAAACUCUAUAGUGAGCAAUUCCAAGUUUUAACAAAAAUGUAUAAUUUGGGUAAAUUGUAAACAAAAAAUGCAGAGCGUGAACUCAUUUAAUAACAUUUACAAUAAUAGUAAUUAAUAUAAAUUGGUACUCAAAGAAAUAAUACACCAUAAUCUUGUAAAAGUGCUUAAGAAGUAUUAUUACAUGCUUUAUAUUUUUAAGAUGAAAUAUUUCCUAUAUUAAAAAAAUAAUGGAAAAGAAUAAUAAAUCAAAAUUUAAAACAAUUCAUAAGUAUCACCAAAACCAAAAAAUAGUUUACAUCGUAAUUUUUCUUAAUUAGAGAAGUCUGGAACACCAAUUCUACCUUAAAAAAUUUAACCAUAAGUAACUUAAUAAUAAAAAGUUAAAAAAUAUAAUCCUUUAUCUAUUGAUUAAAGAUUUACAUCAAAUUAAUAAUUUGUUUAAUAAAUAACAUCUCAAAUAAAUAAAAAAGAAGAUCCACCAAAAAAAGAAAAUUUAAAAGUUAGUUUAGAUGAUUUUGUUACUUAAAUUAAUAAACCAGCAAAAAGUUUGAUUUCUCCAUUGAAAUAAACAAAAUCUUUAUCUCCUUCAAGUAGAAUUCAAUCAUCAAAAUAGAAAAGUAAUAUUUAUAUAUAUAAUAAAAUUAGAAUUUAUAUACUAUGUAACAUCUCUUAUAGAAACAUUUAAACAUUAAUAUCCAUAAACACUUGAUUAAUAAUUAUUUAAAGAUCAUGCUGUUUAGACUUUUAAUUGUAUUGGUUUUUGUUUGAAUUUGUAAGAUCCAGAUCCUUAAGUCUUAAGAUAAAAAUCAUUAGAUCUACCUAUAAAAUAAAAUUGCAAGUGUAAGUUAAUAAUGAUAUUCAAAUAGUUAAGAAGACAGUAGUAUUUGAUUUAGAUGAGACCUUAAUUCAUUGUAAUGAAAAUUAAUCUCUUAAAGCUGAUAUUUAUUUACCUAUAAAAUUCCCUUCUGGUGAUAUAGUUUCUGCAGGAAUAAAUGUUCGUCCUUAUGCUAAAUGGAUAUUAACAGAACUUAGUAAAAUAUGUGAAGUGAUUGUAUUUACUGCCUCUCAUUAAUGUUAUGCAAGUUAAGUGAUUUCUCAUUUAGAUCCAAAUAAUUAAUUACUUUCAGCAUAAGUAUUUAGGGAUGGAUGUGUAUUAUCAUCUGAAGGAGUACAUAUAAAGGAUUUAAGAAUAUUUAAAAGAGAUUUAAAAGAUAUAGUUUUAAUAGAUAAUGCAGCUUAUUCUUUUGGUGUACAUUUGGAAAACGGAAUUCCUAUAAUUCCAUAUUAUGAUAAUCAGGAAGACAAAGAAUUAAAAUAUUUAUAUGAUUUCUUAAUUGAAUAAGUGUUACCAGCUCCAGAUUGUAGAUUAGUUCUAUAAUCUACAUUUAAAUUGAGGGAAUUUUCGAAAUAUAGAGAACCAAAGACAGCCAUAGAGAAACUAUUUUGA